CUCGAACCCGGUCCUAAUUGGUGCAAAGCGAGGAAAGAACCGCUACGCUAACCCGCUAACCCAUUCCCACGAUUUCGUGUUACCACUGUACUAUAGCUCCCAGGUUACCAAAUAAACGCCUUGAGUAAAGGCUAAGUCAAUCUUUGCUAUGAUCAUUAGUGUGCAAUCGACCUAUGGACGGUAUUGGAAAAGAACAUCAAACAUCAACAUGAGGUCAGGAGGUGGUUCUUUGUAGAGGGGUACCUGGCCUCGCGUAGUACGAUAUUCUUUUUUAGGCUGUUGUGGCCAGUGCCAAGAAGCACAGUAUUGAAAAUACGAGGUGAAUAUUUUCCUGUACCACGGUCUUUCAUCAUCACCAUUCUCCUCCACCAUUGUAAAAGCUGUGUGGUGGUAUUCCACGCUGAACCGUCACUUGGAGUGUCAUAAACCCCCCAAAAUUAGCUGUCGACUCCAAGGCCAUUCAACAUGAAACUGCGCUGGGGCAUCUGCUCCGCGGGGAACAUCAGCAACGACUUUGUCGUGGCGCUCUCCACCCUGCCUGCCGAGGACCACGCGGUGGUGGCCGUGGCUGCCCGGUCCAAAGAGGAUGCGAGCAAGUUUGCCGAGAGGCACGGGAUCCCUGUAGCCUACGGAGGCUACGAAGCCUUAGCUGAGGAUGAUAAUGUCGACAUUGUCUACAUCGGUGCAGUGAACAAUGUUCACCUUCCUCUCUGUAAGCUGUUUCUAGGGAAGGAUAAAAACGUCCUCUGUGAGAAGCCUUUGGGUCUGAAUAAGAGAGAGGUCCAAGAAAUGGUCAAUCUCGCCAGACAGAAGAAUGUCUUUUUCAUGGAGGGUUGGUGGACUCGUUUCUUCCCAGCCACUGCCAAACUGUGUGAGCUGCUAGAUGCUGGCGUCAUCGGCGACAUAAAGGCUGUAAAUGUAUCGCUCGGCAAACCGAUUUCUUCAGUCGAAAGAUUGAGAAAUAAAGAUGUUGGAGGAGGUGCUGUGUUAGACUUGGGCGUCUACCCCAUUCGAGAGGCACUCAUGAUAUUUGGCGAGGCUCCUAUAUCGUGCACCAGUGCCGGUACCUUGACAGACUCGGGUGUUGAUGAAACAACCGUUACCACUUUGAUAUUUCCCGGCAAGGCCGUGGCAACAUUGAACACCAGCAUGGUGGUUGAGCUUGCCAAUGAGGCCCAGAUUAGAGGUGCAAAGGGUUAUAUCAAGGUCCAUUCUCCAUUUUGGUGCCCUUCAAAGAUUGAGGUGACGGCUGUCAUGGGCGGGGCCGAACAUGAAGUCGUCAAACUGACGGAGGUAGAUCUGAAAACCGAGGUGUAUGAGUUUUGCCAUCCAAAAGCUGAAAAGCGCACGUUCUUUGUGAACAGCGCAGGGCUCCGAUACGAAGCAGAGUGUGCACGCCAGUGUCUCAUGAAAGGUUUGAAGGAGUGUCCAACUGUCUCCCUAGAUGAGAGUUUGUUGGCAGCCGAGAUCCUGGACAAAGCCCGCUGGGAUGUUGGUUAUAGACUACCUGCCGAUGACCUUUGAGAAAGAACCUACUAAGUCUGGCUGUUGUCAGCCACAUCAGUCACCUGUUCUGUUGAACUGAGAUAUGAACAGUCUGCUAAGGCUUGCGCUUCAGAUUCAAAAGUUACUACAUGUACUUCAAGAUAGCAGGGAAUCCAUGAUUGCUACUUCGGGGAAAGAAAUAUAUUGGAUUUUGUUGGCACUUUUUUAUUCAAAAUAAAGUCUAUUGUAUUCAGCCGCUAUUAAAUCAGUUCAUUUAACAACAAUAAUCAUUUAAAUGUUGCACUUCUUGCCUCAAUCAAAGAGGUUUUAAAACAGAUCAGCUAUGUACAAUUUUCUUGAAUGGCCAAAUUGCUUCUGUGAGAGAAGAGUUAUUCCGUGUGACAUGCCACGGAAACAUCAGCUAUGCACAAUUUUCCUGAAUAGCCAAAUUGCCUCUGUGACAGAAAAGUUAUUCCAUUUGAC